AUGCUCAAACGAAAACCACAGGACCUCCAGGUCCCAGUACCAAACUUCCCAUUCUCUUCGCCGAUCAGUGAGGAAAUCUCAAGUCCGUCUUGCUCUUCGGAAGAUCAGGAAGAACGAGACCGACCGUUUGCAUUUCUAUCCAAGGCAGCGCGACAAAAGCUCGAGGCGAAGUCCGCCAAAGAUGGGAAUCGCUCGCCCAUUUCCUCCCACCGAGAAGCCUCGAGACUAAAUAUCCGCGUUACCAAGAAACGUAAAAGUGUCGCGAAACCGGUCGGGCUGAACCUCGUUACGGAUUUCACGUUGGCGCCGGCGCCAGCGCCGAGAAAACAGUCUGUUCCUACAGUUGAAAAUGCGGCUGCGCCGUUUGUCGAUCUGAAUGACCUCAAGCUCCUCUCGAAAGUGCGAGAGAAGGAACGCUCGUCUCAGAAAUCAAAGGAUAUCUUCAAGAAGCGGGUGUCACGGGGCUUUCAUCGGGUACCUGAGACGGUGCAGACUCAGAAUCAUAGCCAGAAUGGAACUGGAAUCUCGUUCCUUACCACCAGAGAUGAAGAUUCAUUCCACGACAGACACGAUCAUGGAAUCUCGCCUUCAGACCGCCAUGUCAUGAUCGGACUCACUGUGCCUCGAAACGAGUCAGUAGAAAGAUUACAAGAUCCCGACAGCGCAGGCACGCCGCUUACACCUUCAAUUAUCGUCACUCCAGCACCAUGGAACGCGCCCUCAAACUCGAGCACCGAGAUGCUCCGACCAAGAGCAACAUCAAGUGUAUACUCGCAGCCAACGCCUCGCCUCUGGCAAUACGAAACAGAUGUUCCACCCGUGCCAGCCAUUCCCGCACAGCACUCAAAUGCCACCAAAGCUCCCGCUCUAGAGACCACAUACCACAACACACCAGGCGUAGAAAGGAAUGCGCGCGCACUCUCUACAGCCUCAAUCUGGGAAGACGACAGUCCGCCCCCGACACCAGAAACAGCACGCACAAUCCCAAAGGACCAACAUGGCCGUCUGAGCGUCAACACCCAAGCAAACGACAGACCCCAAUCGCAAGGCUGGUGGACAUACCUCCUCUCCCCACUGAUGGGCCGAUCCAUAAAAUCCCCACUCAGUCCAUCCUUCCCACAGGACUCACCCUCCACCCCGUCGCCCACAACAACCCGAACCCGGGCGGAGCCAAAAGAAUGGAUCCAGCGAGAGAAAGAAAUCUCCUGCUUCUCACCAGAUACGCCGGAGACAGCAGCACCGAUUGGUGAGAAGGCAUUCGAGAUAUCCCGAUCAUUCGAAACAGACCAAUACCAGCAAGGUCCGGGACGCCAUCAAUCACCACCACCCGCAUACGUCUCGAAUGUCUCCAGCAGGCAAAAUACUAUGUCCUUCAUGUUCAGCAAUAACCAAACAAUCGAAGGCGAAGCAGCGGAGUACUACCAAGCCUGCGCACACGAGCUCUUCAGCAAGACGCCGUAUUUCGAGUGUAUUAACCAUGUCUGCUCGAUAACGCCUGUCAACCCCGUCGCGAGGCCAGCAGGAGCCACAAAUGGGACGGAAGAUGGUGGUCGGGGACUUGCGCUUGUUGCGCUCGAGGAGCCCGGAGCAUCUGGUCUUGAAGGAGCACGCGAAAAUCAGACAACAGUCCCGUCGACGACGUCGACUAAGAAUGCUGGCCUACUUAUUGAUAUCGACUCGCCUCGUCCCCGGUCAACGGCGGGCACGAUUCCGGCUGGGUAUGCAGUUCGUGCGAAGGAGGUGCAGGUGCUGUCGCCGUCGUCGGAGUUCAGUUCUCAUACGUGGGAUUCGUCUGUUGUUGAUGAGAGUGAAAAGGGUUUGGUGGCGCAUGGUGCUAGGGGUGGUGUUUCGGAAUCUCAGUCUCAGCGUACUGCUUCGCCUCCGGUUCCUGCGCCUGUUGCUGUUCCUGUUGCGCCACCCGUGGAGGCGGUUGAUAGGCAGGUUUGGGAACAGCCAUCCCCUGCGCCUGCGCCAGCUCCUAUUCCUAUGCCUGAGCCAGCUCCCGCUCCCGCCCCUGCUCCUGCUCCCGCUCCCGCUCCCGCUCCUGCUCCUGCUCCUGCUCCGCAGAUAACCACCAACCCUGUUACUAAUUUCCAUUUCACUCAGCCACCACCGCAGGCUCCGGUACAGCCUUUGCAGCCGAUAGUGCAGUAUGUGCCCGUGUUUCCUCCUCAGGCUGGACAGCCACAGCCAAUGGAGCCGAUAAUGCAACAGCCGCAACCGCAAGAAGCUUCGCGAGGAACCUUGGAGCCGCCGAUGGUCCAACCAGCCCCUCAAAUAGCAACACCAAGAACAGAAUGGCCAUGGGGAGUACGAGGACAGCCGAAAGAGCAACCCCAGGCUCAGCAGCCAGUCACCCAAGGACACGCAUCUGGGUUUGAAUGGGCGUAUGCUCAACAAGGACAACCGCAAGAACUUCCUGGUACAGAAACAGCGCCUUCAGCAUCGCAGGUGCCAUAUGGACAGCCUCCUUCCCCGGCACGGCAGCCGACUGAUGGCCAGGCAAACCAGCCCCAAGGACCGCUUGUUAUCCAGGGACGGCAGUCUGGGUCUGGAUGGCCGUUUGGUCUUACCGCGCAUCCUCACUCGAAUGCACCUCCUGUGCCGCCUAUGCCACGAGCCCACACUGGAUCAGAGCUUCAGCAUCAGCAAGAGCAACCCCAAAUGUCCGUGGUUCAGGAUCGGCAGCAUGGGUCUGAAGAGCCGCAAACAGAGCGAGGAAUACCUCAAGGGUCUGAGCUUGCGCCUCAAGGACAUUUACAACCAUCCGAGCCCAUCUCUCCUGGCUUCCAGCGCGCCGCUGGUGGACCUGGCGCAAUCCCAAUGUCCGAUAUGCAGGCACCGGCUCCUGCGUACACGCAAUUUUCUCGAGAUCCUGCUCUCCCGCCUCGUUAUGAUAUCCAGCCACGUUAUGAUAACGAUCCUACAGCUGGAGUUUCGAGUGUCAACCCAAGUGGCGCGAUAGGACCUCAUGAGAUCCGGCGUCGCAGACUGGAAAAGGAAGAAGCCGCUGGCCGAAGAGUUUGCAGUCUCUGGCGUGGCCGGGGUCCAUUCAGCAAGAAGAGCGGACGUCCAGGACGCGAGGGUCGCACUCGACGGAGAUGGUAUUUCGUGAUUUGCAUUUUCUUCUUCAUCAUCGUGAUCCUAGCUACUAUUCUAGCGAUCACACUGACAAGGAAAGGAGACGAGACUCCCGUUCAAUCGCGGUGGCUGAACCUCACAGGCUAUCCGCCCAUGCCGACUGGAAUUGCAACACUUGCUGGGACAGAGCCGCAGCUGGAAAAGUCGACUUGUAUCACUCCUUCUUCGAUGUGGAGCUGUGCUUUGCCCAUGGACCAGCAGGAUGCCAACAAGCCGUACAAUGCGAACCAGCCCAAUUUCCGCGUUUCCAUCCGCUUCCGAAAUGGCACAUACGAUAACAGCACCGCUGUCGGCUCGAAGCUACGUACCAGGAGCGACGAUCUUUUCAACCCAUCACCCGCAGCUCCAAGAGACGCAGAGCAAGACUUCCUCGGCCAAUACACUGACAACAACACCGCACCUUACGCCGGCGAAGAGACACCCUUCUACAUGUCCCUACUCUCACCAGUAUCCCUCUCCUCAGCAAACAUCUACCGCCGCGCAGCCACCUCCAACGGCACCGCAUACCCCAACAUCUCAUCCAUAAUCCCUGCACCAGAAGAAAACGCCGACGGAACCCCAUCCGCAGCAAUGCUCUACCCCCUCCCCUCAUCCCAACCAAUCCGCCUCUACAACCGCGGCCUCGCAACCGAACACUACGGCUUCUACAGCUACUUCGACAAAUCCAUCUUCCUAACCUCCCAAACCAAAUCCUCACCGUCCGACACAAACGGCGGGACCUCAAAACCCAACGCAAAAUACCGAUGCACAUGGUCCCAAACCCGUCUACUCGUCCAAAUCUGGACCCAACCAGAUAAAAUCGGCCGUCAACUCCUCCCCCAAUCAAACAAUACCGCCACAUCUACUUCAUCCGCAACACCAACAUCAACAAAUAAACCUACAUCAUCUUCCUCCGCAACAGACUUCUCUCGUCCAGGCUCAUUCCCAUACCCGGUUACAAUAACAGUAGACCGGCACGGCGGUGCAGAGAAAAAGAAAAUGGUCUAUUGCUACCCGCUUGAAGACGACGGACAUUACAAUAUCACUGCUGUGCAGCUGCAGCUUGAAGACCGUGCUGUUGGGGGUAAUCUUGUUAAUCCUGCUACGGGGCUUUUCAAGGGUCUUGGCGGGACGAAGAAUUCUACCGUUGACGAGGCGGGUGGUGUUGAUGGUGGUGCUGGGGGGUGUGGAUGUCAAUGGGUGAAUUGGAUUUCGAGCGUGUGA